AUUCCACAAAACCCAUGGGCUUACCCGAAUAAACCCCAACAAAAAAAGCGCGUACUAUAUAUCAAAACCUAAACUACAAACCCUAAUUUCUCUCCCCCCAUUCCACCUCCAUUUUCGCCCCCACUGUAAUCCAUCGCCGGAGGCUAACCGAAAUGGGUAGGGUCAUCAGAGCACAACGUAAGGGUGCGGGAUCAAUCUUCAAAUCCCACACCCACCACCGUAAAGGCCCCGCCAGAUUCCGCAGUCUCGACUUCGGCGAAAGAAACGGCUACCUCAAGGGAGUAAUCACCGACAUCAUCCACGACCCCGGUCGCGGUGCACCUCUCGCCAAGGUAACUUUCCGUCACCCAUUCCGGUAUAAGAAACAGAACGAGCUUUUUGUUGCUGCUGAAGGACUCUACACUGGACAGUUUAUUUAUUGCGGGAAGAAAGCCACUCUUGUUGUUGGUAAUGUUUUGCCUGUUAGGUCUAUUCCCGAAGGAGCUGUUAUUUGUAAUGUUGAACACCAUGUUGGUGAUCGUGGUGCUUUUGCUCGGUGUUCUGGUGAUUAUGCUAUUGUUAUUAGUCAUAAUCCUGAUAAUGAUACCUCUAGGGUUAAGCUUCCAUCUGGGGCAAAAAAGAUUAUUCCCAGUGGUUGCAGGGCUAUGAUUGGGCAAGUUGCAGGUGGUGGUAGAACUGAGAAGCCUAUGUUGAAGGCCGGUAAUGCUUACCAUAAGUUUAGAGUGAAGAGGAAUUGUUGGCCUAAGGUUCGUGGUGUGGCUAUGAAUCCGGUUGAGCAUCCUCAUGGAGGAGGUAACCACCAGCACAUUGGACAUGCUAGUACUGUUAGACGUGAUGCUCCUCCUGGACAGAAGGUUGGUCUCAUUGCUGCUAAGAGGACUGGUCGUCUUAGGGGACAAGCUGCUGCUACUGCAGCUAAGGCUGAUUGAUAAUUGAAGAGAUUCUUAGAAUUUUUUUUUGGUUAUAAGAUUUUAAAAUUUUGUCAGUUUUCCUGUUCUAAAUUGGUUAAGAGAAACUUAUAAAUGAUUAUAGUUGUUUUCAAUCCUUCAAUUCACCUUUCUUCA